AUGGAGGCAGCCACAGCUCUGGAGGUGGCCUCGGGAUCCACACCGAGGGUGAAAGAAGCCAGCCUAGCCGAUGCUGACGGAGCCCAGGCUUCACCUCGGCGGGGGGCCAUCAGCCCCAUUCCCCAGCUCCUGCCCCCCACAGAAGAGCACCCCAAGAUCUGGCUACCUCAGGCCCUGAGGCAGACCUACGUCCAGAAGGUUGGAGACACUCUGAAUCUACUAAUCCCGUUCCAGGGCAAACCCCAACCUCAAGCCAUCUGCACGCAUGACGGCUGUGCCUUGGACGCCAGUCAUGUGAGCAUGUGGAAUGGGGAGUGGGACUCCAUCCUCUUCAUCCAAGAGGCCCAGCGUGCUGACUCGGGUCACUACCAGCUCCGUGUGCAGCUGGGCAGGCUGGAGGCCACCACCACCAUUGACACCCUGGUGAUCGAGAGGCCAGGCUCUCCUCAGAGUAUCCAGUCGGUGGAUGUCUGGGGCUCCAGCGCUACCCUGGAGUGGACUCCGCCCCAAGACACGGACGCACUCCUGGGGUACACGGUGCAGAAGGCUGACACCAAAUCUGGGCUGUGGCUCACGGCGCUGGAGCGCUAUCACCGCGCCAGCUGCACAGUCUCCAACCUCAUCGUCGGCAACUCCUAUGCACUUCGAGUCUUUGCUGAGAACCAGUGUGGGCUCAGCCAGACAGCCUCUGUCACUGCUGACCUGGCCCACAUCCAGAGAGCAGCUACUGUUUACAAGACCGAGGGGUUUGUCCAGUGAGAUUUCUCAGAAGCCCCGAAGUUCACCCAGCCUCUGGCAGACUGCACUACGGGCAUUGGCUGUGACACCCAGCUCUUCUGCUGCGUCCAUGCCUCCCCCAAGCCAAAGACCAUCUGGCUAAAGAACAAGAUGGAUAUCCAAGGCAACCCCAAGUACAGAGCCCUCACUCACCUGGGAAUCUGCUCCCUAGAAAUCCACAAGCCUGGCCCCUUUGACGGGGGCAUCUACACCUGCAAGGCCGUUAACCCCCUGGGGGAGGCGUCAGUGGACUGUCAGGUGGAUGUGAAAGGUUUCCCAGAGAUUUCUGAGAUGUUAACACGGAGAGAUGUCUGA